GUCGGCAUCUUCUACAUCUCAUGGUGCGCAUCAUGGACGACGCUCGUCCUCGCCGGCAUGCUCUUCUGCUGGCUCAACCGCGAUGUCCCCGUCCUCAAGAUCCGCGGCCUCCCGCUGUCCUUUUGCGCCAUCGCCUUCCUGCACAUCUACUGGAUCCUCGCACAGAUCACGUACCCCGUGGGGCGGACCCUGCCGGUCGUCCUCGCGUACGACAUCCAGUACUUCUUCAUGAGCCUCUGGUUCCCGCUGGGCGUGGCUUUGUUCCACGCGUCGAACCUCCGCUUCCUCCGCGUGGCACAGCUGCAGAGGCAGUUUACGGAUCCGGCUGCUCGGCGGGUCGAGACGGGCUGCAAUAAGGGCGGCAAGGCCUCGUGGCUUUGUCGAUUGAGGAGUUAUGAUCAUUCGAAGCGGUCGCUGGUCUUGAUUGGCUUCGGGAUGGUCGUUCAGUUCCUGCUCACCAUUGGCAUGUGGGUAGCAUGUCGAAAAUACCAUCCCACGUUUGGCAUUCCUGGCACCGAGCUCCGCGGCGAGACAAUCCCGGAGCAGGUUGUCGAGCUCGGCCGAGGCUGGGAGUGGUGGCCUUCGGUCCUUUGGCAGGUCGUCUGGACGUGGAUCGUUGCGCCUUUUCUGAUAUGGCGAGCAUGGGGGAUUCGUGAUACAAUGGGAUGGCGGACACAAACCAUCGGCUGCUGCAUCUCCAAUCUUCAUGCGACACCGAUGUUUAUGAUCGCCUCCUAUGUUCCCGCCUUUGACAAGGUGAAUCAGUAUUUCACGCCCAGUCAAUGGAUUCACCUCUCCAUCCUCAUGUUUGAAAUAUUCACAGUCUUCGUCCCCGUCUUUCAGGUAUUCAGAUUCCGGGCCCAACAAAAGAGAGCAGCCCGCCUGAAUGCACAAUGGGACACCUUCUCGACUGCUCACACGCUCUGCGCAUCGUCUUCCGAAGACUGGAUAUUCUCCGCCAAGGCCUCGACCCCGAAGAUGAGAGCCGUCGAUUUGUUCGAUGAAGAUCUCGGUGAACGCUUCUUGACAAUGAACGUCCUUGAGCAGGUCCUCAGCGAGGAUCCGGGCCCGCUGCAGGAGUUCUCUGCUCUGAGGGAUUUUUCGGGAGAGAAUGUUGCCUUUUUGACCAGUGUCGCCAAGUGGAAAUCGUCCUGGAUCGAGAAAUUGAGCAGCGAACAGAGGCGACAGAUGUACAACAGCGCUUUGGCGAUAUACAUUGACUACAUCAGUCCCAGAGACGCCGAGUUUCCCCUCAACUUGUCGUCCAGCGAAGUCAAGCGCUUGCAGGCCAUCUUUGAGAAGGCCGCCCGCACCGUCUGCGGAGAGUCAUACAUCAACCCAGCGACGCCCUUCGACAUUGAAGUCGCGCCUGUCCGGUCCUAUGAGACAGACAGUGCUUUGGAGACAAAUAGCAGAGCAACGUAUCGGGGGAGAUACCAUGGCGAGAUUCCAGAUGUAUUUGAUGUCACGGUGUUUGACAGCAUAGAGAGCCACAUCAAGUAUCUUGUCUUGACGAAUACCUGGCCAAAGUUUGUCGAUGAGAUGCAGUCCAGGAAGCGGCGGCGUUCGACUGAGACGACGCAAACA